UGGCAGUGCGCGUCAUAUGACAUUCGUUGACAUAUUUUUCUCUCAGAUCAUGCAAUUUCAACUGUUUGAAGGAACCUACUGACGUAUUGAUGCAUGUUAUUCAAAAAAGCAACUUUCAUAGGAUCCUUAGACAUCAAGGUCAUGUAGCAGCAGCGAACCAUUUAAUCAGAAAAUUGCCACUUUUUGGUUGGUUCAGGCCAGGUCCAGCACCAGCAGCUAGUGUUGUUGCAAGAACACUUUCACUUUCACCACACAGAGAUCUACAUUCCUUUCAGAAAAUUUUUUGUCGUCACAAUAUACUCUUACCUCUUCUUCGGCAAAGAGUAAAUUUUGUUGAACGCCAGAUUUCUACCCAUUGUCGGUUUGGCCGUCAAAGUCGAAGAAGAAACUAUUUGCUACUUGGACAGCCACUUUUCAUUGUUCUAGUUCUUUCUCAAUUCACUCUGAGCUCCAGGACUGAGGGUAUGGAUAAGUUCUUUUGGAUGAGUCCGAAGAAAAGCAGAAGUAGCAAGGGGGGAAGCGAAAAGAGUGCCGAUGGUGGUGAAUUUGGUGAUGAUGAGAAACUUAACCCCAAACACGUCACACGGGCACAACUCUGGCAGAAAGAAAAAGAAAAAUACUUGAACAUGCCUAUUGAAGAGAAGAGGUUGGUCUACAAGUGUAAAGAUAAAUACUUGACCAUCGAUGAUGUGUUGACGUGGCCACAGUUUGCUGAAGAGAAUGAUAUUCAGCCAGCACGGAAGAGCAAGAUUCUCUUCCCUUACGAUGCAAAUAUCAAUGCGAAAGUGUCCAUCUGGAGAGGAGACAUCACACGUCUGGAGAUUGACUCCAUCGCAAAUGCUGCCAACAGUUCUCUACUAGGAGGAGGGGGAGUUGACGGUGCCAUCCAUUCAGCAGCAGGACGUAACUUAUUUCACGAGAACAACACGCUAAAUGGCUGUGAAUGUGGCAAUGCAAAAAUAAGUGGAGGAUACAAGCUGCCAGCCAGAUAUAUCAUCAGUACUGUUGGUCCAAUGGGUCACAAUGAGGCGAAAUUACGAAGUUGUUAUACUCGAUGCCUAGAGGUCAUGCUGAAAAACAAACUAAGAUCAUUAGCAUUACCAUGUAUAUCUACUGGCAUUUAUGGUUAUCCUAAUGAAGAUGCUGCUGUAGUUGCUAUGGAAACAGUCCGGAUGUUUUUGGAAGAGCAUGGCGAUAAAGUUGAUCGAAUUAUCUUCUGCCUCUUCCUUGAGAAGGAUGUAAAUAUCUACAGUGAAUUUAUGCCACAGUACUUCCCAUUAGAGAGUGAAAAAGAAGUCGAAUCCGAUCAGGUGGUGGAAGACACAGAACAGCAAGACCAAGAUAAUCACGAGACAAAAGGAGGUUCAGAACCCACACCAGAAAGUGAGGCAGAGCCCAAGCCAGAAACUGGCACGGAACCAAAGCCAGAAAGCGUGACAGAACCCAAGCCAGAAAAAAAUGGGACAGAACCCAAGCCAGAGAAUGGGACAGAUUCCAAGCCAGAAACGGGGACAGAACCAAAGCCAGAAAGCGUGACAGAACCCAAGCCAGAAAGCGUGACAGAACCCAAGCCAGAAAAUGAGACAGAACCCAAGCCAGAAACUAAGACAGAAAGGUCAUCUGGAGAUACAGAAAAGCCAAAAGGUAGAACAAAAACCAAGCCUAAAGUUGGAACAAAAUCCAAGUCGGAAGUUGAAAAGGAAGCCAAGUUAUGAAGUAACUAGUCUACAGGCAAAGACUUUUAUGUGAACAUAUCCAUGUAUGGAACCUUAGCUGACUUGUGUGUUACUGUAGGACAGCCUCUCUAAUUAGGACAUUGGUUUUGGUCUAUAAUUGGUCAUUUCUGUUCAAUGUAACUUCUGUUAUCAGAACAGCUGUCUAUCAAGGAUGGCAUUGUCAGUACUAAAGUUGUCCUUAAUACAGAGAGGUUCAACCGUAGUUGAAUAGGUCACAUCAUAUUUAUAUCAGGGUUUAAUUUUCUGUCCUAAAAACAAGCGCACAAAGGUAUAUACAAACCUUAAACACACAUGUAAACAAUUGUUUUGGAAAUUUAGUGUAACAACAUGUUUGCUAUAGGUAGGUACGAUGCAAAAGUGUAAUGGCCUCAGGCAGGGUAGAUCACUAGAUAUGAUUUGUGGGUAUGGUGAUGACUAGGCCUACAGUUGCAAUGAUGAUUCUGACAUUGAAUUAAUCAGGUGUAAAAUUUCAAUUCUAUUAAGUUAUUUGUUUAAGGCAGAGUGCUGUCUGUCAUUUUCUAAGAGAUUUUGCUUUUUAAACAUAGACAGAGAAUGACCAAUUUAUUACCUGUGUGAGAUACCACUACUUGCAUGUACUUUAUUUAUUUUUGGAAUGUCAUUGUACAUGUCAGGUCAAUUUCAAAUGUGCUAUAAGCCAACCUGUAUGUCUCUGUAUAAUUUAGAAAAUGUUGUGUUCUUUCAUAUAUCAUGGAAAUGUAAUGAACUCAAAUUAGGGCCAAGGUGUUCGUACAUGUAUUUGAUCAGUGCAACAGAAACGAAAUAUUAAAGAGAAUUUGGUCCCAUAACAUAAUGAAUGCCAAACCUUACAUUUCAGAAUUAGCUAUGCUUGACAACACCGGCAAAUAGAAACCAGGCUCUAUCUGUUAAUACUUUACAAGAGAGAAUGGCAGACUGUUGUACAUUCUUAAGAUUAUUUUGUCCAUGUGCUGAAAUUUGGUAGAUGUGUUUUAUGUUGAUGAAUAAAAGGAUAUAUUUUGAUAA